AUGUCUGGAAGAAAUUCUGCUUACGCCAAAGGCAAACGUUUAGAAAAACAAACUUUGAAAACCUUAAAAGAUAACGGUGUGGUAUGUGAACAUACAGUUUCUCCGUGGCCACGAACUUUCUUCCAGAUGUUUCUGGGAAUUUAUGUGAAUAGGAUCAUGAGGGACAAUGGAAUAGGAGGUAUGCAUCAAAUUCCAUUUAUUAUCCAAUUUAAAAACUGGAAACGAGUAGAUAUAGGCAGUGCUGAAUCGAGAGUCGAGUGGGAUGGUUGGUGUUGCGGUGGGAUCAUCAUCGAGGAACAGUUUCUCUCUUGGUGCGAAAGAAGCAGUCAGAAUCUCAAAAUAUGA